CUGGCGCGCCAACCGUUUGAAACCCCGCGCGCACACAAGUGAGACAGCAGUUGAGACCGACAACAACUCCUCCACCAGCCAGCACAACGACCAGCAUGACUGCAUUAGAAGACGCUGUGUUCAGGGUGUCCAAAGCCCUUGAAUGUGGCAUCUGCAAGGAUGUUCUGAAGCAACCACAACGAACGCGGUGCAACCACGUGUACUGCAAGUUCUGCAUCUUGAAACACCUGGAGCUGUCGAAGAGCAAGUGCCGAUGCCCACUGUGCAAGGCAGACUUGACCAAGCGAGGGCUCAGUGACUGCCCAACGCUGGAAACCGUCAUUGACAAGAUGAGGGCUGCCAUCGUUGCCAUUCGGCAUGACGCCGAUGGUGUUCUCUCGCCGAGCUUGUUCAUGCGAUCCCCACAAACUGUGAAACGGCUGCUGACACCGGAACAGCGUGGCAAAAGGACGUCGCGGCGGCAACUACUUGCUGCAGCCCAUCACGACCACGACGACCAACACGACAGCAGCACCACUGGCGUCCCGGCCAUCGCUGACAGCGGCACUCGUCCGAAGAAGGCGAAGAUGGUGGCGUCCACAGCAAAUGUGAACGACAACGCAACAGCUCCACACGCACCCGCCAGUCCCAGCACGAGCACCCGCACCCGCACUCGCACUCGCACCCGCAUUGCAGUGUAUGACGAAACCGAGGACACGCCACAAAGCCCUCGCCCGCAGCAAGAGCGGGGUGACGGGAGUGCCGCCACAACCCCGCAGCGCCGUGCAAACGUGCUGGCACUGGACCUGGACAGCGGCCCAAGCAUGUUUGAUGGCGACAGUGACAGCGACGAUGGUGCUGCCACUCCAUUGCACGACGCGCCCGGAGCAGAGACACACGUAUACAGAAACGCGCACGCAGCCGACGAGCAGGAGGACGAUACCGUGCUCACGCAGUCACCACCGCGGGCAUUUACAUCACGUGGACCCACGCUGGACUCAUGCACACAAUCCCCACCGCCGUCGCAGCAGCAGCAGCAGCAGCAGGGGAAUAGCAGCCAGCACACACAAGCAAACGGGCAAACACCAGCCACAGGCACGUCAGCAACAACAACAGAAGCAGCAGAAGCAGCAGAAGCAGAAGCAGCAGCGCGGGCGAAAGGCGGCUCCGAUAACGACGAUGGAGAUGAGCUGCAAGUUCUGUCGCCUCUCAUGCCGUCGUGCGAGCCUGCGGACUCGAGCGAACUCCCACGUGCACUGCUCCUCUCCCAACGGUCAAAUGGGAAGAUGACGACAACAUCGUCGACGGCAGCAGCAGCAACGGGAGUUGCGGUGUCUGGUGGAGAUGGUGGCGCCGAUCAAGGUGGUGGCGGCAUCAGUGAGCAUACUAGCAAUGUGAAUGUGAAUGUCGAUGUUCGUGUGAAGAGAGUAGCAGGGGCCACCAACAAACCAGACGAGAUUUGCACCCAACAUCAGACCAGCCAUCACGACAACACGACACCUCCAACGGGUCGUGUGUCGCUGCGCCGCCUGCCGUCUGAAGAGGCGUACGCGGCACAGACACUCGUGGUGGAGGACGAUGAAGAUGUUGUGGAUGAUGAUGACGAUGGUGUUGAUGGUGUUGACGGUGAUGUUGGCAGCGGCGCCAAUGGUGCGAUGGUGAUUGGUCAUGGUGACGCGCUUUCUCAUGAGCAGGAGAAGACGACGAGAGCGGACGAGGACGUGACUGCGGAGCUGAACGGGAACAGCAAUGCACCAACACCUGUCCACAGCCAACACAGUGAGGCCGGAGACGUGCAAGUGGUACAGCAGCAGCAGCAGCAGCAGCAGCGGGGGCCGUUGGGCGAUGGGUCGAAGGCAACAACGGCUUCAACAUCAACCGCGACAACUGCAAGUGCUGCGAGCACGGUGAGCUCCAUCAAGGAGACGUCGCUGGCGCCACCAUCGCGACCGCUGCGUGCGUGUGUGCUGCUGCUGACGGGUGUGCCGCGAGAUGUCGAGCAGCGCGCGCGGGCGAUUGCAGACGCUAUGGGAGCAACGGUUCUGUCCAAGUUUGAUGAGAGCGUGACACACGUGCUGGCGGCACUCGACGAAAAUCAUCUCCUCAUCUCAAAUACGCUCAAAGUCAUGAUGGGCAUUGCCUCUGGCAAGUGGAUUGUGUCGCCGGCAUGGUUGUAUGCGUGUGACACUGAAAAUCGCCGUGCAAACGAAGAAGCCUUUGAGAUGCAAGGGCUGGCGAGCAGUCCGAGCGAGAGUGCACCGCCGGUGCCGCCGUCAUCCGGCGCCAGAAGUUCGCGCCUCUCGUCGUCUCCGCUGCUGACGGGCUUCACAAUUGCCUUUGCUGGACAGUUUGAGUCGCCCGAGAUCCAGAGCGAGUUCCGUCGCGUGGCCUCGCUUGCCGGGUGCACUGUUGUUCCGCUCAGCGCCGCUGUUGCUGCCUGCACCACCGCCCCAGACACCACCGUCAUCCUCGUCGACUCGGAACGGGUGGAAGAUGAGGUGCUUGACUCGCUGGUCGACGUUCCAACGGAUGUUGUGCGUGAUUUCUACUGGCUGGUCGACAGCGUCACAGCACACCAUGUGCACAGCCCGGCCAACUACGUCCUCGACACAGAGGAGGACACCGCUCCCAACCUCUAGCACACACACACACAUGUGUCUGUGUAUCUGUGUGUCUAUCUGUGUGUUCCACGCGUUGUCUCCGCCGAUGGGUCUGUCGCUCUCCCCUCAUCUUGGGAAGCAAGCACACGCAACACUCAUCACCUGUACGCUUGCUUGUUCCACGAACAUGCAGCGAUUCAAUUCGUCUUUGAUUCAUGCACCAUCGCCGCUUUCCGUGUCGCAUACGACCAAUGUUCCCGAUGCUUGCCUUUCACGCUAGUAAAACACAAACACAUGACAAUCAA